CCCUCUCUCCUUCCAUCCCAGCUGCCUAUCAUCCCUUCAGAAAUCUGCAGCAUGGAGCCGCUCAACAAAACAGGGGUAUCCGAGUUCUUUCUGAAAGGAUUUUCUGGCUACCCCUUCCUGGAGCACCUGCUCUUCCUUCUGUGCUCAGCCAUGUACCUGGUGACCCUGCUGGGGAACACAGCCAUUGUGGCGUUAAGCGUGCUAGAUGUCCACCUGCACACACCCAUGUACUUCUUCCUGGGCAACCUCUCCACCCUAGACAUCUGCUACACGUCCACCUUUGUGCCCCUGAUGCUGGUCCACCUCCUGUCAUCCUGGAAGACCAUCUCCUUUACUGGCUGUGCCAUCCAGAUGUGUCUGAACCUGUCCACGGGCUCUACGGAAUGCCUGCUGCUGGCCAUCAUGGCCUACGACCGCUACCUGGCCAUCUGCCAGCCACUCAGGUACCACAUGCUCAUGAGCCACCGGCUCUGUGUGCUGCUGGCGGGAGCUGCCUGGGUCCUCUGCCUCCUCAAGUCAGUGACUGAGACGGUCAUUGCCAUGAGGCUGCCCUUCUGUGGCCACCAUGUGGUCAGUCACUUCACCUGCGAGAUCCUGGCAGUGCUGAAGCUGGGGUGCAGCAACAUGUCGGUCAGUGAAGACUUCCUACUGGCGGGCUCCAUCCUGCUGCUGUCUGUGCCCCUGGCAUUCAUCUGCCUGUCCUACUUGCUCAUCCUGGCCACCAUCCUGAGAGUGCCCUCAGCCGCCGGGCGCCACAAAGCCUUCUCCACCUGCUCAGCACAUCUGGCUGUGGUGCUGCUUUUCUAUGGCACCAUCAUCUUCAUGUACAUGAAGCCCAAGAGCAAGGAAGCCCAUAUCUCUGAUGAGGUCUUCGCAGUCCUCUAUGCCAUGGUCACAACCAUGCUGAACCCCAUCAUCUACAGCCUGAGGAACAAGGAAGUGAAGGAGGCUGCCAGGAAGGUGUGGGGCAGGAGGUGGACCUCCGGGUGAGGAAGUGGGGCUCUGUACAGAUGCAGGUCUCAGGUUAGUACUGAGGCCAUCAUAUGCCAAUGCCAGUGAGGAC